AUGUUGCACGAGAAGACGGAGCAUAGCGUUGCAAAGAAAGUCCAAGAUGUUCUCACGCCAGAGCUGAGCCAUGAUGCUCGAGGAAAGCUUCAUGAGAAAGACAUUGACACCACAUGGUUUGGUGUGGCAAGAGAGGAAAGCGAGUUGCCACUAUUUCGCGACUAUGGGAGGUAUGCUAACUUGAUCACCGUCGCGAAGGAGAUGAGGCUCGAUCUGCCUCCCUCUUCUACGACGAGCAUUGAUGGUACCGAUACUCUCUACCCAAGCUUGGUCUCCUUCGUUGGGCAAACAAGCGCUGGGAAGAGCACUCUUAUCAAACUACUGAUCGAUCUGAAAAUGAAGGAAGGUGAUCCCAGCUUCCCGACGCCCGUCACUGGUGCUGCAGGCCGAGAUGUGUCUACGUCUGAAGACGUGCACCUCUAUCUUGACCCGGACUCGUCUUUAUCUACUCAGUUGCGAGCACCUUUGCUCUUUGCAGACUGCGAAGGUUUAGAAGGCGGCGAAAGAGAUCCAGUCGGCGCGAUUCUGAAGAAGAAACAUGAAAAGGCGUUGAAGGGUGAGAGUGGCACUGCCGGACGCCGUCAGCCUGGACUUAGACACACGUCCGAGAGGGAGCUUGUUUGGGCAGACACGCCCAAGAAGCGGUCACGGGAGUUUGCUGUUGCUCAUCUCUACCCGCGACUCUUGUACACGUUUUCCGAUGUGAUCGUCUUCGUUCUGAAGAAUCCCAGAGUCAUCGAGGGAGUGCUUGAGCGCCUCAUCGACUGGGCUCAGGCCGCCCUCGAAAAGUCGUCGAACCAGCCUGUUCUGCCACACGCCAUCAUCGCGCUCAAUGCUUCGGAAUAUGAUAUCGACCAAGACCUCGGGGACGUCGACUUCGCUACUCAGUCACUGCUGGAAUCUAUGUCAAGGACUGUGUUCCACAAUGCUACGUUCAAGAAGUAUGCCCAGUUCUGGCGAGAGCGCGAUCGUCAAAUCGAGACGGUGGAGCACCUUCUACUCUCAUACUAUAGCUCUAUCCGCGUCGUUCGCAUCCCGACUAACGGCCGUCCGAAUCUGAUUCAAGGCCAGGUGGAGAAGCUUUGGGAAGGAAUCCACUGGGCUAGCAAACAUGCUCGCGAGCGAAAAGCUGACCUUCGGAUGCUGCUCGAUGCUGAUGAGUUCCAGCCAUACCUGCAAGUGGCCUUCGAUCACUUCGCCGAGAACCUGAACACGCCAUUCGACUUUGUACAGGCUUCCUUUUCUCACAGUCCGAUACCGCACGACUUCGGCGGUAACAUAUUGAAGCUGGCUAUUCAAGUCAUGGAAUGCUGGAUGGACAUCGCGAAGGGUCAUACCAUCUUUGAAGAGUUCAGCUUUCUGGUCGCAUCGUGUAUUAUGCUUGAUGCGGCACGCAACCGGUAUAGAGGGCACCCCGACGAGUUCUUUCCAAACUACUUGCAACACAUUGAGAAUGCCUUGGAAAACUUCUGUGAUCGUCACUGGCCAUGUGAGUUCACUAGCUCCAAGGGACGCUGCGUGAACGUUCGCAGCGGACACGGUGCCAAAGGCCAUCAACUCAAGUCUGGCAAGCUUCUAGCCGACGGUGAAUACCAAUCGUCCUUUACGUUUCAAAGCUAUCGAGAGGAGUUUCAGAUCCAAGUCUAUCGCAUCCUCCUUGCUCUCAGCAAACGUGUGCGGACCAGGGCCAGAGAGGGCAUACCCGAAGAGCAAGCAGCAGCCGAAACCCAUGAGGACUGGGUGCUUCCGCACUUCAUCGAGCAUGCCGCGAGAGGAGACGCGAAAGCCUUCAUCAGUCAUACAGUGUGCUUUGCAUGUCUUUUUGAGCCUCCAGAGCAUGCUUUGCCUUGCGGACAUGUCCUCUGCACCCGUUGCUUGAAGACAUCUGGAAAAGUAUCCCUCAGCCGGUUUGUCGAGAUAGCACGGUGCCCACUGGAGAGGAAAGAGAGUCGUUUCAGAACUGCCUGGAGAGUGCACCUGAAGCCAGCAAGCUGUGGUGUACGAGUGCUGACACUUGAUGGUGGCGGCAUCCGAGGCAUAGUAGAGCUCGAGACUCUCAAGCAGAUCGAGAAAGAGCUGGGUGACGGUGUGAGUGUGCAGAGCUUUUUCGAUCUCAUCGUAGGGACUAGUACCGGCGGCAUCAUCGCACUAGGCUUGACCGCUCGCAACUGGACUGUCUCCACGUGUGCCCAAAACUUCGAGAUGUUAUGUCGCAAGGCGUUCACUCUGCGAAAAGGCGCCGGUCUACCUGGGAUAGGCUGGUUCGUGGAGAACUACAAUCACUCGCGGUAUGAGACACAGCCUCUGCAAGAAGCACUAAUGGCAGCCUUUACAGACGAGCAACGGCUGUUCGGGGGAGAACGUGAAGCUAGAGAUGCUGGCAGUCUUGAUGUCAAAGUGGCCGUGACCGCAACGACUGCAGCAGGCAACAGUGUCGUGUUGGCCAACUACAAUCGACUCAGCAUCGAGAAGCUAUCCUACCAGUUUCAGCGUCCAGAGAAGCCGCAUGCUGAGCUCAAGACGUGGGAGGCAGCGCGAGCGACAUCUGCAGCCCCGCAACACUUCAAGCCGCUAUGCCACGAGGCAUCGAAGCAGACGUUGCUCGAUGGUGGAAUCUAUCACAACAACCCAAUCAACAUCGCUGAUCAGGAACGCAAGCUGAUCUGGCCCAGUCAUCAGGAUGUUGAGCCUGAUGUUGUCGUAUCUAUCGGUACGGCCUAUUGCAAGUACGACAAGAAGCGUACGGUGCUCGAUAAGUGGCGCAAGAAGCGGCGUGGUGUCAUUUCGCAUGGCACAUAUUUGAAGAACAUCGCUGCUGAUCAUGUUCAUUCUUCGCUGGACUCGGAGAAGACGUAG